GACACUCCUAGAUUUAAGAAGUAUCAAGGACAAGUGAAGAGACUUGGCGAAAAGGCGGGUCCAAGAAAGGAGCGAAGAUUUUGAAAGGUUCGCGCCAGGAGGGUCAUCAGGUGUUUGGGUCAGAGGUGAAGGGUCAGAGUAUGAGGUAUUGUGGGAAGGAAACAUGGCUGCGCGGGUAGUUGCGGCGAGGUGUCGGAAUAUUUACGGUUUAAAGAAGAAGCCCCAUGGCCUGCGUAACUUCUGUAGCAGCGGUGACCCCGGCUUUGUCCCCCUCAGCCAGCCGCUGCCCAGCGUUCCCGUGCCGCAGUACGCCACCGUCACCAACCAGACCUACGACACCAAGAUCACCACCCUCGAGAAUGGGUUAAAGGUCACGUCAGAGAACAAGUUUGGGCAGUUUUGUACAGUAGGAGUUCUUGUAGAUUCUGGUUCCCGACAUGAGGUUGCUUUUCCCAGUGGAAUCUCCCACUUCCUGGAGAAACUUGCCUUCAAUUCCACGGCCAGGUUUGGUAGCCGUGACGACAUCCUCCAGCAGCUGGAGAAAUAUGGCGGCAUCUGUGACUGUCAGUCAUCCAGAGACACCAUCAUGUAUGCAGUAUCAGCUGACAGGAAGGAGGUGGAACCUAUCGUCAGUUUGCUGUCUGACAUCGUCCUGAAACCAAACAUCACUGAGUUAGAGAUUGAGGACACAAGACGAGCGAUCCAGUUUGAACUGGAGGACCUGAACAUGAGACCUGAUCCUGAACCUCUGCUGACUGAGCUCAUCCAUGCUGCUGCGUUCAGAGACAACACAGUGGGCCUGCCCAAGCUCUGUCCACCAGACAACAUCCUGCAGAUCGACCAGCCCACCCUGUUUAACUACCUGUCCCUGCACUACGUCCCGUCCCGCAUGGUCCUGGCCGGGGUCGGCGUGGAACACCAGACGCUCGUGGAGGCCGCCAGGAAACACAUCGUCGGGAGCAAGGCAUCAUGGGAAGGACAGGGCAGAUACCCCGUCAAGAUGGUGGACGAGUCCAUUGCGCAGUACACAGGGGGGAUGAGACAGGUAGAGAAGGACAUGUCCAACAUCAGCCUGGGUCCUAACAAGUUCCCAGAGCUGACCCAUGUAGUGAUCGGGCUGGAGAGUUGCUCCUACAACGAGCCUGACUUCAUCCCCUUCGCCGUGCUCAACAUGAUGAUGGGAGGAGGUGGGUCGUUCUCUGCAGGGGGUCCUGGGAAGGGCAUGUACACACGACUGUACCUCAAUGUGCUCAACAGGUACCACUGGAUGUAUAAUGCCACAGCAUACCACCACAGCUAUGAGGACACGGGACUGUUCUGUAUACAUGCUAGUGCACACCCAACUGAGGUUCGAGAGUUGGUCAGUGUGUUAGUCCGUGAGUUUGUCAGAAUGGCAGGGCCAGUGGGAGGGGUUGAGUUGGCGCGAGCCAAGACCCAGCUUCAGUCGAUGCUGAUGAUGAACCUGGAGGCUCGACCAAUCGUGUUCGAGGACAUCGGCAGGCAGGUGCUGAACAACAACACGAGGAAAACUCCACAGGAGUUCUGCGAUAUGAUUGCCGCUGUAACUGAGGAGGACAUACGUCGCGUAGCGCGGCGGAUGUUGGAGACGAAACCCUCGGUGGCAGCGCUGGGUGACCUGCGACAGCUGCACUCGUAUGAGGACAUACAGACGGGACUGGCCAGCAGGGACGGACAGAUGCCGCGUCGCUUCACGCUGUUCCGGUAGCCAUGGAGAUGACAUUGCCAUGGAUACAGCACUUUCACUUUGUUUAUAAACCCCCCUUUACUUUUAUGUAACCUUCAAUAAAUGAACUUCAGAUCUCUACAUUGUAUGUCCCAUUACAGAGUGCACAUACAUGUAACUGUACACCCUUCCAUCCUACAAACAACAAUUUUAGUUUAUUUCCUGACAACAUUUUGUUUCUUUUCUGAUCUCAGAUUUUAUAUUAAAAAUGAUGUUGGGCAAAAAUAAGUGAAAAUAUGAAUAACGUGUCAACCACCCGCACGCACACUUGUUUAAUAGGUAAAUGUAUUUCAGUCAUGGAAGUACAAUGUAACUUAAACUUAGACCAGAUCCUUUAUAAGAUCCAUUUUUGCACACAUCAUGUAAAGAUGACUUGUGAAAAUUAGUAAGCAAUAGUGGGACUGAAACUUUUCUUGUUUUAGGUUCUGGGAUAUAAGUACAAUGCAAUGUUAGGGACUGACCUGAAAAUGUGUAUUGUGACAGGAUGGCUCAAAUGUGCUCUUCAU